AUGAGUUUCCCAAGCCCAACGAGUUCUAUGAGAGCUCACCAUGGAAGCCCUCCACACGAUCCACGGGAGGUGUAUGAUGAUGGCGCAAGUUAUACGGAGGAGGGGCAGCUUGAGGUCUCCGAUGACGACUCUGAGGACAGCCAGCCGUCCGAAAGCAACUAUAUUGAAGAAACACUAGCAGAGAUCACACAGAAGGCCAUCCCAAAGACUGGAGCCCCAGCUGUGGUUCCGGAAUCUGAUCCGUCUGGUCUGGUCACCCAUCCUAGGAAACGACGCAGGCGUGACACAGAAAGCUCAGGGAGGUCCGUUCGCCCCUUUCCAGGUGCCCAUGGCCGAGAAUUGGCAAUUCCUGCAUCUACCGAUGAGCAGCAGCCUGGCGGCGAGCCUGACGACAGCCCCAAUGAGGAGGACGAGGUCGAAGCAGCCGAAGCAGAUACAGAAGCUUGA